UAUUAAAAUGUGGCUUUUUACUUUGACUGCGAGUUUCACAAUGCGCUGCAAAUUUGGCUGUAAUCUUCAUACAAUCUAAAUGAGUUCCAUCUUGAGAGGCAGAGAGGAGAUAGUUCCUCAUUUAGGAACUAAUUUUAAGAACUGAACGUUUAGGUUUCCGGGGUUAACUGAUGUGUGACCUCACCCGUUUGAGUAACUUGAGGACAUGCAGUCUGUCUCGCUAGUCUCACAAUGCUUUACAAUGCUUUAUUAUCACUCACAGCAUUUAUGUUUUGUCUUAGUCUUUUCCUGGUGCACAAAGCCAGUGUUUUAGAAAAUGAUUUUCGCAAACUCCAAGGGGACAUAAUUCUACAAUUAAAUCAGCCACGUUCUGAGGGAGUCAAUGGGAAAACAGCCAAGAUGUCUAAAACAAGGGAGGACAUAAAGCCAAGUACUUUGCAGAAAGCUCAGAGUUCUCUGAAGAUAUCUUCUAGCAGAGUAAAACGGGAACAGGGCAGCCACAGAGCUCCAACAUCAUUCCUGCAGUUAACAGCUAACACCAACAAACAGCCAGACGUAAGAGGAAAUAUAACAGUGAUCCCUUGGACUGUUUCUGCGCAGCAAGGAAAUACAAUUUCACAAAAGGAAAACAGAAUUGUUGUCCAAGAGGAUGGAUAUUACUUGGUGUUUGGACAAGUAUUGUGUCACUGUAACUCAAGCAUAACUAAAUUGAUAUUACAUCUGAUUUGUUCCAACUGUUCCGCUAAUGUUCUGCUUUAUUCACAGGUUUUGUUCAAUAGCCCGAGUCGAGCUAUGGGUCAUGUCAUUCGAAGUUGGUGUUCAACUAGAACGGGGACAACAUCAACAGAGCUCUUGCGUUGCCUGCAGGAGAUGCCCGAUGAAACUCCUGCCAAUACGUGCUACACCGCAGGUGUGGUGCAGCUGCGUCGGGACGACGAGCUAGAAUUGGUGAUACCAUGCAGGCCCCAAGCCCUCAUCUCUAUGGAUGCAGAAUGGACCUUUUUUGGUGUCAUACAGCUGAACUGAAACAAGACAGUAUGACAAUGAUAACUGUGCAGCUCGUUGCUGCAGGAUGUAGGAAACUGACACUGAGCCGUGUGAGGGGACGCUGAUAAAGGGCAAAGUGACAGCAGCAGGAAAACUGUCGGGACCUGUCAUUAAUCUCUGGAACAUACAUAAUGAACUUUUAAAAUGAACUGCCCAUCUCAUGUGUCAGUUUUCUUUUUUGGAAGACUUUUAAAAUCCUUUGUCUUUAAACCGAUAUCUUUCAGGUAGUCCACCUGGGCCUGUCCCCCAGCAUUGUUUACGUGAGCUACCACCUCCUUUCAUCGGUCUAUUUCCGCAUGUCUCUUUAUACCUUGCUGGGGGCCUCCCUCCAGCUCCACCUCCACGCCGUCUGUUUGUUUGUUCCUCUCAUCUAUUUUAGAAUGGUUUCCGUUUUCCUCAGACUUUGACAGGAACAAACAAAGGUAUAAAUUUAUAUCGCUCGGGAGGUGUUUUCCUGGUUGACACAAAGUCAGCGCUGUAAAUACUUUAAUAUAUUGUAACAAAAUUUAAGCUGUAGUUGGAAUUAUAGGCCUUAGUGGAGAUAAAUUCUCAAUUAAAGUUCAUAAUAAGUUUUUUGAAUGUAUACAUUUGUGUAAUUUGUCACAUUAAACACAGAAA